AUGUUCGAACUAGAAACCAUCAUCAAGACGAAGGCCAACGCCGAUACCUUUUUCGACUUCGUGCCGCUUCACAAGCAGACCUUGGCGGCAGCAGACGAGACUUUGAGGCUACCCUCCCCAGAAGCGACACCCUCGGAACAUAUGGCUCCUCCAAGUAAGCUUCAUAGGGCUGGCAUUCUAGUGACGCCCGCGUCCGUGUCGCUUCUCAAUACCUUCAACUCCGGCCUGCUUACCGUGGCUCUGCCUGCGGUAGCCAGGGAGCUCGACAUUGCUCCGAGUGUGCAACUGUGGCCAGCAUCUGUCUAUGCUCUAGGGUUGUCGUGCGGUCUCCUUCCCCUUGACGCCAUCGCCGACGUUGUUGGUAACCGUCCCGUUCUUUUGACGGGCCUGUUAUUAUAUACGGUCUUCACCUUGGCAGUGUCGCUCAGUCGCACUGGAGGAGAGCUCAUCGCCUUCCGCACGGGUGCAAGCUUACCCGCGGGUCGCACCCGCAAUGUUGCUUUUGCGGUCUUUGGUGGCGGUAAUCCAGUUGGCUUCGCCAUGGGCCCCGUCUUGGGCGGUAUCUUUGUCCAGGCCGCGAGUUGGCGCGCCGGCUACUGGAUGUCCACCAGCGUCAAUGCGGCAUUCAUGAUCCUCGCCUUCUUCUAUCUGCCUAGGCGUCUCCCGGGAUCGGACCGAGUCUCACUGAAGAGCAUGGUCCACCGUCUUGCCCAUGAGCCAAAAUGGGUCGGCGACGGUUCUGCUAGUGCCUGUUUGGCUCUCCUGUCUUACCUCUUCUCCGAGCUGACAAACGGCGUCGCCAGCUUUAUUCGCCGGCCUCACUCCAUUUCCCUGUCAACUGUUGCCGGAUUGCUUGUUCCAUUUUUCGUCUUCUGGGAGAGUCGUCAGGAGAGACUUGGCCGCCCAGCCGUUCUUCCAAAUAGCAUUUGGCACCGACUCGAGUUUGCAACCGUCUGUCUCUCCGUCUUCCUCACCUGGUCCUGGUUCAACGCCUUUUCGUACUGGGCUACUCUUUAUUAUCAGGAGUCCCAGCAGCUAGAUGCCUUGCAGACGGCUGAUGUGUUGUGGAUGUACUGGAAGUCUGCCUUCCCGGCCAUGAUCAUCAGCGUCAUCAGCACCGACCUCCUCUUCAACAUCAGCAACCUGGUCAUUACGAAUAACUUCCCGGGCAAGAGCCAGGCUCUCGCAGGUGGCGUCUUUAACACUGUUGCGCAGUCAGGCAACAGCAUCGGCCUGGCUGUCACUGCUAUGAUUGCGGCUUCGGUACAGGAAGCUGCUGGAAGCGAAAAAAUGGCUACGAGCGGCUCCGUGACAUACAAUUCUUCUCUGCUGCAGGGCUACCGGAGCGGAUUUUGGACAUGCUUCGCUGCUGCUGUUGUGGCCACACUGAUCAGUUCGACUGGCUUGCGAAAAGCUGGGAAGGUGGGAGAAAAGAAAGAGGUCUAG